AUGAUCCUAAGUGAUGCUUUGCUUGUUGAAAAAGCAAAGUUACUUGCUAAUGGCUUGGGAAUUCCUCAAGGAACAUUAAAAUUUUCUAAUGACUGGCUUGAAAAAUUUAAAGAUAGAAAUGGAAUUCACCAAUAUCAUCUAGAAGAAGAAGCUGAAUUUGCUAACAGAAUGGCCAUUAACAAUACUUUACCCUUCCACAAAUUAGAUGGUCUUAUCUUACAAUAUACUGAUGUUACUUUUCUACCUCCAAAUGUAACUUCCAAAAUCCAACCACUUGAUGCCAAUGAUAUGGGUUCAGAGCUUGAUGAUCUUGCUAAUGCACUUGAAGCCCUUCAUCCUUAUCUUACUUAUCCAAUGCAAGUUGAUGAAUUCUUAUCUAUUUCUGAUAAAGAUAUUGUUUAUGAAGUUUCUAACAAUAAUCAAGUUAUUACAGAUAUUGUAAACACAUUUAGGACAGCUGAUUUAGCUGCUAAAGAUUUAGAAGAAAUAGAAAGUGAUGAUAGUAAUGAAAUCCCUAUAAUCGAUACUAAUAUAGAAUUAACAAGCUUGAAAACAGUAUGCAUGUUUCUCCUUCAGCAAGAUAAUGAUACUAAUGAAUAUAUUAAGGCUGUUAGAAAAAUUUGUUCCCAAUAG